CGCCUCUGCUAUUUUAGGGGAGGUUGAAAUGAUGGGCCAAAGUGGAGGGAUGCGCUCCCUGGAGUGACCUCUGUUUUCCAAGACAAGAGAAAACCCUGGUCUUUUGCUUGUGUGAAGAGCUCUGGGGCGAGAGGCAUUAUUAUAUAAAUUCAAGCUCGCUCCUGUUCCUUAGUACCCUGAGUUGCCUGAAGGGGGGAAUGGCACUGCCUGCGUUUGCAGCCCGGGCGCUCGGGCCGACGACGCUGCAACCGGAGCAAGGAGCGCCCGCCCGCACCACCUGUCCCCGCCGGCAUUCCAGAGUAGAGGCCGAAUUGGCAGCCAGCCGGCCCGGGUCGCUCGCCGUCUCAGUCCGCGCGGGCCCUCCUAGGGGUGUGUCUCACAGAUUCAACUCCCAGCAGCUCCUGGACAAGCCCCUAAAGGCUAAGUCUUCCUCCCUGGCGGGAGCCGUGCGCGCCCCGCUCUUCGCGCUGCUGCCCCGAGGCCGCCGCAGGCGGAUGCACGACCUCAGGCGACGCUGGGACCUGGGCUCCCUCGGCCGGGCCCUGCUCACUCGGGGCCUGGCAGCCCUGGGCCACUCGCUCAAGCACGUGCUCGGUGCGGUCUUCUCCAAGAUUUUCGGCCCCCUGGCCAGCGUCGGGAACAUGGAUGAGAAAUCCAACAAGCUGCUGCUGGCUUUGGUGAUGCUCUUCCUAUUUGCCGUGAUCGUCCUCCAAUACGUGUGCCCCGGCACAGAAUGCCAGCUCCUCCGCCUGCAGGCGUUCAGCUCCCCAGUGCCGGAUCCGUACCGCUCGGAGGAUGAGAGCUCCGCCAGGUUCGUACCCCGCUACAAUUUCAGCCGCGGCGACCUCCUGCGCCAGGUAGACUUCGACAUCAAGGGCGAUGACCUGAUCGUGUUCCUGCACAUCCAGAAGACCGGAGGCACCACUUUCGGCCGUCACCUGGUGCGCAACAUCCAGCUGGAGCAGCCCUGUGAGUGUCGCGUGGGCCAGAAGAAAUGCACUUGCCACCGACCGGGUAAGCGGGAGACCUGGCUCUUCUCCAGGUUCUCCACGGGCUGGAGCUGCGGCUUGCACGCCGACUGGACCGAGCUCACCAGUUGUGUGCCUGCCGUGGUGGACGGCAAGCGCGACGCCAGGCUGAGACCUUCCAGGUGGAGGAUUUUUCAGAUUCUAGAUGCAGCAAGUAAGGAUAGAAGGGGUUCUCCAAACCUCAACACAGGCGCCAACUCUCCAAUAUCUACAAAGACCCGGAACCCAUCUAAGAGUGGGAAGAACUUCCACUAUAUCACCAUCCUCCGAGACCCAGUGUCGCGGUACUUGAGUGAAUGGAGGCAUGUCCAGAGAGGGGCGACCUGGAAAGCAUCCCUGCAUGUUUGUGAUGGCAGACCCCCAACUUCGGAAGAACUGCCCAGCUGCUAUGCCGGUGACGAUUGGUCUGGUUGCCCUCUCAAGGAAUUCAUGGACUGUCCCUACAAUCUGGCCAACAAUCGCCAAGUGCGCAUGCUCUCUGACCUGACUCUGGUGGGCUGCUACAACCUCUCUGUCAUGCCCGAAAAGCAAAGAAACAAGGUCCUUCUGGAAAGCGCCAAAUCCAAUCUGAAGCACAUGGCGUUCUUUGGCCUCACGGAGUUCCAACGCAAGACCCAGUAUCUGUUUGAGAAGACCUUCAACAUGAAUUUUAUCUCGCCGUUUACCCAGUACAAUACCACUAGGGCCUCUAGCGUAGAGAUCAAUGAGGAAAUCCAAAAGCGUAUUGAGGGACUGAAUUUUCUGGAUAUGGAGUUGUACAGCUUUGCAAAAGACCUCUUUCUACAGCGGUAUCAGUUCAUGAGGCAGAAAGAGCAUCAGGAGACCAGGCGGAAGCGUCAGGAGCAGCGUAAAUUUUUGAAGGGAAGGUUCCUUCAGCUCCAUUUCCAGAGCCAGAGUCAGGGCCAGAGCCAGAUUCCGAGUCAGAAUCUGAGUCAGAACCCAAAUCCCAAUCCCAAUCAGAACCUGACUCAGCCUCUGCUUCAGAAUCUCACGCAGGGGGGGAAUCCGAAUGCCAGGCCAAAGGAGACCCGGGCGAGUGAGAAGCAGAGCCCAGGCCAGGAGCAGGGUGAUAGCCACAGCAGCAAUGGUACCAGUGAUUACAUAGGCAGCGUAGAGACAUGGCGUUAAGCGGCUCUGAAAGGCUUGUGCACACUGCUCCCAGAGCACCACCAAAAAGAUGGCAUACUUCAUGAGAUGCAAGUGUCCAAACACGUUUGGCUUACCACAUUUUGGAAGUUCAAAACAGGUUGAAAUGUUGCCUUUACCGUUGCCUUUCAGCGCAAUGUUACACUGUGUGUGGGUCAAAAAGUAAAAAAAAAAAAAAAAAAAAA